AUAAUAAUGAUAAUUUUUGUUAUCGAAAUGUAAAUCAAAUGAUCAAAUUUAUAUCAAUUUUUGUUUGUUUGUUUUGUUUACGUAUUGAGGAAGAAGGGGUUUCGAUGGUGAUUGAUAAAAUAUUGAUCAAUAAAAACAACAACAAGUUAAACAAAUUGAAGCACUCAUAUUAACCAAAGAUAAAAUUCUGAUCAUAUCGAUACCUAAUAAGAAGAUGAUCCACUUUUAAUUGAUUUUUUGUGAAGUAAAAAAAAUUACCAAAUAAUCAUCAAUCAUUACGUUGAUUUAUAACAAAAUUUCGAAUUUGAUGUUUUUUUUUCUUUAAUUCGAAUUGUUAAAAAAACAAACAAAAAUUAUUUGAAUCGAAUUCACAACACAAGAACAAACAAACAAAAGAAAUACGAUUUUAUCGUUUUGUUUUUGUUUUUCUAUUGAUUGGCACGAUACAAAUUAAUGUCUUCAGUAUCAAGACAGGCAUCAUUGCCCGAAGAAACAAACGAUACAACUACCAAUACUACUGUUAUUGAAUCAACAUCACCAAAUGCUCAAAAAAUGAAUGGUUUAACAUUAAGUGAAUUAUGUUGUCUAUUUUGUUGUCCACCAUGUCCGGCACGUAUUGCAGCUAAAUUAGCAUUUUUACCACCUGAACCAACUUAUUCAAUCAUACCGGAUGAUAAUCAUUCAACAAAAUUAACCUUAAAAUUUUCCGAACGUGCCGAUUGGCAAUAUACACAACGUGAAUUGGAAUGUUUCGAAGUUCAAUAUGCUCAAUCAAGUCGUGGUAAUCGUAUUGCUUGCAUGUAUGUACGAGCGACUCCUAAUCCUAAAUAUACGAUAUUAUUUAGCCAUGGAAAUGCCGUUGAUUUAGGACAAAUGAGCAGCUUUUAUCUUGGCCUUGGUACCCGUAUAAAUUGUAACAUAUUUUCUUAUGAUUAUUCUGGCUAUGGUGCCAGCACUGGAAAACCGUCCGAAAAAAAUCUUUAUGCCGAUAUUAAUGCCGCAUGGCUAACAUUACGUAGUAAAUAUGGUGUUAGUCCGGAUAAAAUUAUUCUUUAUGGCCAAAGUAUAGGCACAGUACCUACUGUUGAUCUAGCUUCGCGAUAUGAAUUAGGUGCCGUCAUCCUACAUUCACCAUUAAUGUCCGGUAUGAGGGUUGCAUUUCCAAAUACAAAACGUACAUGGUUUUUUGAUGCUUUUCCAAGUAUCGAUAAAGUACCAAAAAUUAACUCACCAGUACUGGUAAUACACGGUACCGAAGAUGAUGUGAUUGAUUUUUCGCAUGGUCUAGCUAUUUAUGAACGUUGUUCGCGUGCAGUUGAACCAUUAUGGGUAGAAGGUGCCGGACACAACGAUAUUGAGCUCUAUUGUCAGUAUUUAGAGCGGCUUAAAAAAUUCAUAUCAGUCGAUUUACCUGCCUCAGGAUCUGCGGCAGCAGCAUCGACAACAACGACAACGAAUCAAUCAUAGAAAAAUUAUUUAACCAAAUCGAACAAUCAA